AUGUACAAUCCCAACAUUUCGAACACCUCGAGUCAAUCUCAAGAUACCAAGGAUUUCUUGACUAGCGAAAAACAACCUGAAGAAAAUGAUGAGCCCUUAGAAGAGCAAGUUUUUCUUCUCCCUCGCGGUCAUGUUCCGCAAGCAUACCUUGAUUCGUCAAACACUGACAUGGCUAGCAUGGAUAUACAUCUUCCAGAGAGCAAUGUGGGUUACAAACUAUUAACAAAAAUGGGUUGGAAGGCCGGUCAGGGACUUGGAAGCUUACAACAAGGGAGAAAAGAACCAAUUCGUAUAGAUACAAAAUCUGAUUGUUUGGGUGUUGGAAAACUUGAGGAAGAAAACUUUUAUCAUGUAGUUAGUACUGCAAAACGCAAAGCAUUAGAUAGUGAGAAAAUCGCAGAAGAAACAGAAGAAGAGCGUCAACGAAGAGAGAACAAAGUACAAAAACAAGAAUCCAUUAAAAAAGAAUUGGAAAUUAUCAAUUCAGCUUUUUAUUGCGCACUUUGUGACAAGCAAUAUACGAAGAUAACGGAAUAUGAAACACAUUUGAGCUCAUAUGAUCAUAACCAUCGCAAGCGAUUCAAAGAAAUGAAAGAGACUAUUAAUCGUCCAGUUGCAAAGUUGGAUAAAAAACGCGAGAAGGAGAGAAAGAGAGAAGAAAAAGAAAUGGCGCGGUUACAACAAGCUGCGCUUCAGAAAGUUGGCAAUAAAUCAUCAUUUGCCAAGGGGUCUGUUGAUGAUGACAUAUCUUGCUCUGAAACAAUUAAAAGCACAAGCACUGUGAAUUCUAAGACAAAUGGCGGAUGGGUUUCAUCGGUUGAAGCAUCAGUUUCAACAUCUACCGACUGCAUUCAAAAUGGUCCAAGCUUCGUCCGUGCAACAAGUAACACGAGCGGAUGGACUUCCUCGACAUCUGAAACAUCCGGAUGGAAUACGUUAUCAUCAUCUGGAUCCACAAAGCCUAAUGUAGGUGGAUGGACUUUGGCCGUAACAUCUAUAGACACUCAAUCAUUUCCAGAAAGAAGUGAAAAUGUUGAUAUUGUAAUUGACAACAAAACUUCCACUGAAAAUAACUCAUCUAAAUCAAAAUUCACAUUUGGUAUUGGUAAACCUGCUUUGGAGCAAUCAGAGGUGUGUGAUUCUUUGCUUUCAAAUGUAUAA